UAAGGGUAAAAAUGCUGAUCACUUUGAGUGCUGCUUCAACUACGGUAGCUAACAGCAGGAUUGUGAGUCCCUCCUAACUGAGUUAGUAAUCCUCCGUGACUGGAGCACACCACGGCGAGGGCUCAUCUCUCGCGAGGAACGACGCCGUUAUCGGAAUCUCUACAAACAACACGAGAAUUCAUCAUUCACACGUGAACAAUGUCUGAACAAGAGUUGGAUGAAAUUGUGCAGAUAACGGUGGAGGACUUUAACCAGGAUGACCGUACAGACAUGCUGGACAAUCAUGAAGAUGAUGAAGAAAGGCCUCAGAAGAAAAAGAGGAAAUUAAGUAGUAGCCACGACAGUAACAACCAAGACCUAUCUUUUAUUAAGAACCUGUUGGUCUCAUUCACUGCAUCAGUCACCCAGCGACUGGAGGGAAUUGAAUCAAAGCUACAUGCUUUGGAUGCUACGUGCAAAGCCCUUGGACGCAAACUGGACAGCAUGGUACCCUGUGCAAAGAGUCCUAUCCAGGUUCCUAUGGUUGCAGGUUCUCCUCAGGGAGCCACCCAAACUUGGAACAAAGUACGAUGUGUUGUUCCACAAACAAAUGUGAUAGUGAGUAGUGAAAAUUCAAAGGGCAGCAGCCAAGAAGAUACCCCUCUGGAGAACCUGCUUAACAAUACUGUGGCCCGGAGACGGCAGAACACAAUCCUGGUAAAGGUGCCGGGCCCUGAGGAGAGUCAGGAAGAACAAGAGAGUGGCUCAGAGGCCAGUGACUCUGUUUCUAAUGGUGGUCAUUCCAGCAGCACACAAAAUGGCCAAAAUGUCACACUCAUCACACUCAAUUCAGAAGAUGAUUACCCAGGGGGGACCUGGUUGGGAGAUGAGAACAACCCAGAGAUGAGAGUUCGUUGCCCAGUGUCUCCAGCUGAUAUGCUCCACAUCACCACAAACUGUCGCACAGCAGAGAAAAUGGCACUGACGCUCCUGGACUAUCUGUUCCAUCGGGAGGUUCAGGCCAUGUCAAACCUCUCUGGUCAGGGCAAACAUGGCAAAAAGCAGCUUGACCCUCUCAUGAUCUAUGGCAUUCGCUGCCACUUGUUCCACAAAUUUGGCAUCACUGAGUCAGAUUGGUACCGCAUCAAGCAAAGCAUCGACUCCAAGUGUCGCACCGCCUGGAGACGCAAGCAGCGCGGACAGAGUCUUGCCGUCAAGAGCUUCUCCAAACGCACGCCUCGCGGUACGGGCACAGAGGGAGGCAUGGCAGAAGAAGCAGCCCACAUUGAGGCUGCCACGCAGCAGACCUUACAUUAUACACUGGCCAAUCAACAGGUCCAGUUCCACCGCAUUGGCGAGGAUGGACAAGUUCAGGUGAUCCCACAGGGUCAGCUGCACAUUGCUCAAGUGCCACAAGGAGAGGAGGUGCAGAUCACACAGGACAGUGAGGGAAAUCUCCAGAUCCACCAGGUACAUGUUGGUCAAGAUGGGCAGGUGCUGCGUGGCGCUCAGCUCAUAGCAGUGGCAUCAGCUGAUGGCGGGGCGACAGCAGUAGAGGGCUCAUCCCUCCCCCCUGACAUCCAAGUGCAGUACGUCCAACUAGCCCCUGUUGCGGAUCACACGGCUGCUGUACAGGCUGCUGAGCUGGCCCCGACGCUGCAGACGGACAUGGAGGUGAAAGAGGCCAUCCAGGGUGCCAUCCAAGGAGAGAACGGCGAGGUGGUCCAGAUUGUCACCUCUGUGGCCACCUGAGAUCCACCUCUGGUUCAACACAGCCCAGAAAUCACUCUACAGUUUGACACAUAUGAGUCUUAGUGGAACAAAGGGUCAACAAAUGCUUACAGUCUUUCAAGACAGGAAGUUGUUUUUUUUUUUUUCAACAAAUACUGAAGGUCACUGAUGAAAUACAGGGAAGAAUUCUUUGUUGUUUGUUUGUUUUUUUCUUUUGUUUUGUUUUCCCCUGCCAACUGCUCUCUUCAUAUACCAACCAGAUGCUGCAAAGUGGAAAUGUUAUGAGGCAACUUGAAGAGACUGUGAUACUCCCAAGAUCAACUUUGGUCUUUCUCAGUGGUUUUCAUCACCACAAGGAUCUGGCCCACUGCAGAAUACACAGUGGGAUUAUUGUCUAUCCAGGGACGAUGAUGCGUAUUCAGACCUUAUUCAACCUGCCACUUCAUCAGCACACGUGCUUGUUUACAUCAGCUUUGGAAAAUAGCGGAGUUAAUCUCCUUGGCUAACCCCAAAAACCCCCAUGAGGGUUUGUAAAACCCCUGAAUCUCACCCCAAACAGGCAGUACUGUGCUCCAUUUCUCGUCAUUUCUUGUCACCGUGGAUUGCAGUGGAAAGUAGAUUUAGCUGAGGACAGCUACUCUUGUUUGUGAUUAAUUUGGUUUCCUGUCGCUCUUCAUGGUUCAGCCCGUACUAUGUUUCCAGACUGUGAGCCCUGCCCUCCUUUACUUUGCUCGGCUUGUUUUCAUAUUUCUUUAGCUGCACAGCUUUGUCUUUUCGUUUGAUUUAUCCAAUUGUAACAUGCUGAAAUUUCUGGGGGAGCUUUAAUUUUGGAGGUAGAAGACCAUGAAAUAGGAGAGAUGGUGCCAGUGGUAGACAGUACCAGUGGCUUGUAGAAUACCGAGGAAACCUUGAAGUUGUUUAUUUCCCCCAGUGUUUUCUCUGUGAAAGAUACAUUCAUGUGAUUAAAACAUGUUUGUGGUUGCCAUAAAAGUGUGUUUUGUGUUUUCUUUCAGUAUUUUCUCUUUAUUUCCAUCAACUGUGGUCAUCAAAGUGGCUUCAAAGGUUUCCAAGACGUGACUUUGCUUUCAUCCACUACAAACAGGCAGUUGGAGAGAGCGAGAGAGAGAAAUGGUAGUUCUUGUUUUGAGGCCUUGUUUCAUGUUGUGCAAAUUUAUUUACUUUUUUGAAAUAAAUGUACCACGUUGACUUCAGUAACCACAGGAGUAGGCUACUGUAUAGUCAGCAAUCCUGACAGUAUAGACAGAAUAAAUAAGUCUCAACGGGGUUUUUGUCAAAAGGCUGUAGUUAAUGUUAGCCUCAUUAUAACAGUUUCUGAACUGUAAUUAUAUCCAUUAUAAUAUCUCCUCAAAAUCCACUUUGUGCCCACAUGAUAGUUAUGUUUUCAGCAUAGGGAAUGUUUGUUGUGUUGGGGUGAUGCUCCGCUAAUGAUGGAUAUCUCUGCACUCAGCAGUAAAAAAAAAAAAAAAAAAGAUAAGUGAGACACUCUGAGGCUGUGUGUUAGUUUGGGGAAGUUUCCCAUGCUAAGUGUGAUGUAAUAGUGUAUUUUGGACUGUCGGAAAGAACCAGGCGACAAAAUGAACUUGAUAAAACAACA